AUGGAUCGGCAACUUGAGUGUAAGGUAACGCACAAACAUGUACCUGAGAUCGACUUUAGUCUGUAUACAGCGGAAGAUGGUACCCAGGUAUCCACAUUAGAGCGAGUUUGUAAAGAAGUACAAGCCCCGGCACUCACCGUCCCCACUGACGACACUUUUUGGUCGCCUCAGGACCCUAAUAAACCCAAUCUGCAAUACUUGAAACAACACUUUUACCGAGAGGGCCGACUCACAGAGAAGCAAGCCCUAUGGAUCAUAAACACUGGUACUCAGUUGCUUCGUACAGAGCCCAAUCUUCUUGAAAUGGAUGCUCCGAUUACGGUGUGCGGUGAUAUCCAUGGGCAGUACUACGAUUUAAUGAAGUUGCUUGAAGUGGGUGGGGACCCAGUCGAAACAAGAUAUUUGUUCCUGGGCGACUAUGUCGACCGGGGUUAUUUUAGCAUCGAAUGCGUUCUUUAUUUGUGGUCUCUCAAGAUCUGCUACCCCAAUAGUUUGUGGCUGCUGCGAGGCAAUCACGAAUGUCGCCACUUGACGGACUACUUUACCUUUAAACUCGAAUGUAAACACAAGUAUUCCGAGCGUGUGUAUAAUGCGUGCAUGGACUCGUUUUGUGCUCUGCCAUUGGCUGCUGUCAUAAACAAGCAAUUCUUUUGUGUCCAUGGUGGUCUCAGUCCAGAGUUACAUACCCUCGAGGAUAUCAAAACCAUUGAUCGAUUUAUUGAGCCUCCCUCUCAUGGCUUGAUGUGUGAUCUUCUCUGGGCUGAUCCGCUGGAGGAGUUUGGUCAGGAAAAGACCGGUGAAUAUUUUAUUCACAACCAUAUCCGAGGUUGCUCUUACUUCUUCUCCUAUCCCGCAGUAUGCGCUUUUCUAGAGAAGAACAACCUUCUAUCUCUUAUUCGAGCGCAUGAGGCCCAAGACGCUGGUUACCGAAUGUACCGUAAAACCCGCACCACAGGGUUCCCUAGUGUUAUGACCAUUUUCAGUGCACCAAACUAUCUUGAUGAAUAUAAUAACAAAGCCGCCAUUCUCAAAUACGAAGACAACAUUAUGAAUAUCCGCCAAUUUAAUUGCUCACCUCACCCUUUCUGGCUCCGCAACUUCAUGGAUGUUUUUACAUGGUCGCUCCCCUUUGUUGGAGAGAAGAUUACAGAUAUGCUGAUCGCUAUUUUGAAUAUCUGCUCAAAAGAAGAGCUCGAGGAUGAGACGCCUUCACCGGUCUCACCUACUCUACCCUCUCCUCUCUCUGCUAUUGAAAAGGAUGAACGAAGCGAGUUCAAAAGACGUGCUAUUAAAAACAAAAUUUUGGCCAUUGGUCGUUUGUCCCGAGUCUACCAGGUGUUACGUGAAGAAUCUGAACGAGUUACUGAACUCAAGACUGCAUCCGGCGGACGUCUACCCGCUGGUACCCUUAUACUAGGUGCUGAAGGUAUCAAGCAGGCUAUCCACAAUUUCGAGGAUGCGCGAAGGGUUGAUCUGCAGAACGAACGGUUACCACCAUCGCCAGAGGAAGUGGCACGCAAGAAGGAGGAAGACCGGAAGGCCGCCUUUGAGAGGGCCUACCAUGAAGCUGACAAUGAUCCCAACUUAGCUACCGUCGCCAGACGUAUUAGCAUGUGA